CAUCGUCGUAGUCGAAUGGGAGGAGCGCACGAGGAACGCAGGCACCACCGUGUGUCAGAGGGCCGCAUCGCGCUGCAGAUGAAGCAUGCCGGGCGACAGCGAGACAAAGCCAGGUGACCAAGCCGAAAAUGAGAGCAAUAAUCGGGAGCCUUUCCUCAUUGGUGUGGCUGGAGGGACAGCCAGCGGAAAGUCAUCAGUGUGCAGCAAGAUCAUGGAGAUGCUGGGACAGAACGAGAUAGAUCACCAUCAGCGGCAAGUGGCCAUUCUCAGCCAGGACUGCUUCUACAGGGUCCUCACCCCAGAGCAGAAGGCCAAGGCGCUCAAGGGCCAGUUCAACUUCGACCACCCAGAUGCAUUUGAUAACGACCUCAUAAUCACAACUCUGUGGGACAUCAAGGAAGGAAAAACAGUUCACAUCCCUGUUUACGACUUUGUUUCCCAUUCCAGGAAGGAAGAGACUGUGACGGUUUACCCAGCUGAUGUGGUGCUGUUUGAGGGCAUCUUGAUGUUCUAUUCUCAAGAGAUCCGAGACUUUUUCCAAAUGAAGCUGUUCGUGGACACUGAUGCAGAUACACGUCUGUCCCGAAGAGUGCUGCGUGAUAUAAGUGAACGAGGACGGGACUUGGAAAGUGUUCUAGCACAGUACAUUACUUUUGUCAAGCCAGCUUUUGAGGAGUUUUGUCUGCCAACAAAGAAAUAUGCUGAUGUGAUCAUACCAAGAGGAGCUGACAACCUUGUUGCUAUAAAUCUCAUAGUCCAACACAUCCAGGAUAUUCUAAAUGGUGGUUUGACCAAACGGCUGAACGGGUGCAUUAAUGGUUAUGGAGCAACAAAGAAGCAGCCAAACAUGGAGUCCAGCAGUCGGCCUCACUGAUCACCGUGCUGCCCCGUAGAACCGAAGAAGGGUUCGCCUGUACGUGCCGAAUGCGCUCUACAUUAUUGCUAACAAAGUAGGAGUGAUUGCCAUGAAAUCUAAAGGCCUCCUUUUGAUAUGUUUCUGCUUGGACUGAAGUGAAACCAUACUUUUGUGGAGCUGGUUUAAAGCACUUGUAUUCAGUUACAUUUUUCUAUUUUGCUUGUGUACUGUAUGACAUUGAAGAGUGAGAAAUACAAAGGGGCUCACUUGUAAUUUCAUUUAAAACUGCUGCUUGCCUUUACCAGACAGAGGAACUAACUAAAGAAGCAGUUAUUGUGUCUGAAAAAAGAUUUCUGAACACCUUACAGCCUUUAAACGUACAAUAAAUACAGUGUAGCAACAUGCUGUUUGAUGGCAGGGCUUUAUGUUCACUCACUGCAGUUAAAGGUGCACCGUCUGACCUUCUUCAGCUUUCUGUAAAACAAAUUUUGACUUAAAGAAAAGAAUUUGUGAAUAAUGUUCUAAGGGAUUGAGAUUUCUGGUGUUUGAGUCAUGUUGCCCCAAGCUGCACUCGCUUUGUCUUGUUUAAAUCUAAACUGCAUUAGUUCUUGGUCAAACGAAACAACCGAUUCCCACCUCAAAUUAUCUGAUGUAUGACGUCAUCACCAAAGAUAUUUUUCUGUAAUGUCUAUGUGGGCUAAUUGCUUAAAACUGAUUUUUUAUUUUCAUGUUAUACUGACAUUACUGUAACUGAUUUGAGACGUUAACAACAAAGAGCAAUUAUGUUGUAAUACAGUUACCACAAAGUAUUAUUUAUUCUUUGAUUCCCAUAAACUUGAAUCCUUAGAUGCAGACGUAUGCAAGUUUCAUUCAAAAGAAGUAAACCUACACACUGGAAACAGUGUUAAUAAAUGCACUGAGCUGUAAAAUGUCAUGACAUACAAGAUACCCAAUGUAAAUGUAUUCUGUAAAUGUUUACUUCUUGUAUACAUUUUUCUUAUGAUAAAGUUCUCAGGUACUCUUUGUUUGCUUGACUUGA